AUGUCCAACAACUGCUGUUCUGAAAAUUUCUCCUGCUCCCUUGGGGACUGCCAGAGUCACCCAGCCUCCUCCUGUGUUUCUUCCAACCCCAGCAGUGUGACCUACAACACGGAUCUCAGCAAUAAUGGGCCCUGCCAGCGCGGAUCUGCUCUCUCCAGUGGCUGUCAGGAGAACUUUGGUAAGCCCUCCAGCUGCCAGACAUCCAGUGUGGUGUCCAGGCCCUGCCAGACGUCCUGCUCCGGCUCCAGGCCCUCUGCCCCCUGCAGUCCCUGCCAGACGGCUAUUGCUGGGUCUCAGGGCUAUGGGUCCAGCAGCAGCUGUUCCCAGGGCUGCGAAUCUGGAAGCUCCUACUCGGGGGAAUGUGGUUCCAGUAGCUUCAAACCUCUGACUCCUGGAGUCCGUAAUUUCCCUGCAUUGACCUUCGUAUUUGGAUUCUGCCACCCAGACUACUUGACUUCUAACACCUGCCGGUCAUCUUCUUACAGAUCAACCUAUGGAUCUGGCCAAGACUGA